AGGACCCACGCGAUGACAGGAGCCAGAGCCCAUGCCGUCACGGCAGGAUCCUGCCGCAACCUUGCGUGACCUGACCCUUCGGCCCGUCUUUUUGCCAUUUUGGGUGCUGCUCGAGUCCGCAGCCAUUUGGGCACGGAGGCACACAGUGCCUAAUUGUUUUGGGCGCGGUGUGCCUCAGACGUUGCUGGUCAAGCAGUGGUGCGUUGCGACGGGCGAGGCUACUGCGCUUCUCUCAGCUUGCAAGUAACGCGCCGUCCAUGUCCAUCAACGUGAAUUUCCACUGUGCGAACUGCGGCACGCUGGGCCUCGCUCAGCUGCCGAUGAUGCAGGCGGCUACGACGGCCGUGAGAGGGCGGGUUCACGACGCGGUCCCGGAUCAGUUCCUGGCUGUGAAAGCGCUUAUGGAGGAGCGCCAGACCGGGUGGAACACGUACGAUUUUACGUAUUGCCAUGAGAUAUAUUCCAGAGGGUGGGCACGCUGUAAGCAUGGCUGUCAGGGCUUGCUCACGGUCCAGCUCAACUCGGUGUCCCUGUGGAGCUCGGUUGAGGCCGAAUCUGCAGAGGAGCUGAUGAGGCUAUCCACCCUGGUGGCAGGCGACAGGCACUCGAGGGAAACCGUAAGCGAACUUCCACCUGAACCCGAUAUUCAGAACGACUACGUGGGGCCACCAGGAAAUGUGACUGAGGCAACGUCCACCGGCUACCUGAUCACCACACCCAGAUCGAGUCUGGGUAAGACGAAAGUCACCCCCAGUUUCGGGCUCGGUGCAAGGAAAGCCGCCGCCUGGAGGUCCAGACUGGUACCAGGCUGUUUUGGGGAGCGGUGCUGGUGUCGCAUGUUGAUCCAAUGUGUGGGCGCAUAGCCACACGUGAGUUCCAGUCAUUGCUCAUAGAAACCUUCGGUUGCCGCUGUUCCCCUGCUGUGAUCAAUUUGCAAGCAUCUUGAGAGCUGGAUCCGACUAGAGGUUCGGAUAAGAUCUCAUGGAACGGGGACCGUCCGGGCACUAUUGUACGAUAAGCUCUGGCAUGCAAGUUCGAAUUCUCACUUGCAAUUGCAUUGUCUAUUCAGGAAGUUCGUUUGGGGUGCCUGUUCAGUCUUCUGCGCCAUCACUCUUUUCUUGGCAACCCGAUCAGGGGCGCGUCUGCAAGAAAUAGUUGAUGCUGUACGUCUCAGGCUUUGACCGUUUAUGGCUUGUCAGCAUCCGUGGUCCCAGCAUUCUUCGGCCGCGUCACUCUCGCGAGCAACCUCUGGCACCAGUUCGGCCAGUACUCAUGGAGUGCUGUGUGACCAAGCCAAUUUUUCUUUUGGCCAAGCCAACCUAUCUUCGAGCGCAGAGGAAGCUCAGGUCUUUCUCAUAAAACCUGGAGUUGUUACACCAAAGGUUGGUUGAAUUUGAGAUCGGAUACUGACAGUCUUGUGUGCUCUACAAGUUUUGUGUACUACAUGAGCGCAGUGUAUCGAAGACGCCUACGGCGAACCACCGCCGCCCCCUGCCUUUUGGAAGCGCCUAUGUGGCCAAACGUUGUGGCGAAGUUUGGCCAAGGUAUUGGACUAUGCGCU